UUUAAUUGCAAGACGCAAAAUCCCAAAAAAGGAGAAAAAAAAUCAACAAGAAAAAUGAAAAUCUUCUCGCUUGGAGGUAUGCUCACUCUUUCCGCCGUGGCCAGCGCCGCUUUGGCUGCUCCUCAGGGCUCUGCCCGUCUGACUCGUGAUGUCUCGGAGUUGCUGGAUGCCAGUGUGAUGGAUUAUGUGCCACCGGCCACGGAGUAUUUACCUGCGGAUGCUGCCACCGAGUUGCCGACUGCUGUGCGUGGCGAUGAUGGCUACGAAUAUCGCACGGUGCGUCGCCUCAAGCUGCGUCUUCGCAAUCGUCGGGAUGUCUCCCAUUUGAGCGCACGCUACUUGCCACCGCCAAGCAACAACUACUUGCCACCAGCUGUGGUGCCAACACCAGCAGCUCCUGCUCCUGCUGACGACACCGAGGAGAUUGUCUCCGCCGUCGAGCCGAAGCUGGCCCGUGAGUAUCUGCCGCCCGUUGAGGAGGCUGUGGUUAGCACCGAGGCACCUGCUGUCGAAACGGAAGCACCAGCUGUCCAGGAGGAGCUGCCGCAACCGGAAGCCGAUGUCCGUGUUGUGGAUGUGCCCACAGCAGAGCUACGUGACGAUGGCUACCACUAUAAACAGCCGGAGGAGAUGCCCGCUGAGCUGAAGGAGGCUGCCAAGGAUUACUUGCCACCUCUAGGUGCCGACGUUAUGGCCGAGGGUCCCGCCAAUGGCGAGAGUGCUGUCCUCACCAAGGAUGGCUAUCAGUAUCGCGCCAUCCGUCGUUACAGAUUCUGAUUGAAAUGCAUCCCAAAGGCAUUUCCUUUUCAAUUUUUGAAUUUAUCUUUUGUUGAUGUUUUUUCUUGAAUAAAAUAAAAUCUUUUGCAAUUUGAA